CAACACACGUCGAAUCCAUCCAUGGCUGCAGCACGAGAGGUCCGUCCAUGGCUCAAAAACCCUCACGCACGGCACGUAACGAAGCCCGCGUCCGCGGCGGCGGCGCGAACCCCCAAAAAAUCCAAAAGAAAAAAAAAAAGAAACUCGCGCGCACGAGAAAUGGCGCCAAGGUCCCGCCAAUCUCCCGCCUUCUUCUCCCUCUAUUUCCCCACCCCCUCCUCAUCCCCAUCCACCCAACCAUAGCCUAGCUCAGCUCUCCCUCCCCAAGCUCUAGCUCCAGACCGGCAGAUCUCCCAUGGCCUCCGACUCCUCCGUCCCCGUCCCCGCCGCCGCCGCGCAGCCGGUGCCCAAGAGACGCGGCAGCUACAACUGCGGGCGGUGCGGGCUCCCCAAGAAGGGCCACGUCUGCUCCGUCCCCGGCCCCGCCAAAGGUGGGGACGAGGGUGCUGGUGGCGGGGCAGCGGCGGGGGAGCUCAAGCCCCGGCGCGCGCUGCACUUUGAUGACGUGGUGGCGGAGGGGGUGGUGGUGGCGGCGACGCCCCCGCCGGGUCCACCGGAGAAGAAGGCGAGGGUGGAGGUGGUGGUGGACGACGAGGAGGUGUGGGAGGGGUUGGUGGAGGUGGGCGCGGGGCGGCGGGUGCCUGGGGAGGUUGUGGUGGAGGUGAUGCGGCGUCUGGCGCCGAGGGGCGUGGCAGCGUCAGCCGCGGUCAGCCGCGGGUGGCGCGAGUGCGCGCGCCGGGUGUGGCGGGCGGCCGAGGAGAUCCGCCUCCGCGCCGCCGGCGUGCGCCCCCUCGGCGCGCUGCUGCCGCGGUGCCCUGCGCUGGCAAGGCUCGUGCUCCACAUGGACAGUGAUGUUGAUGCCACAAUGCUCGCAUGCAUUGCAUUUUCCUGCCCUAAUUUACAAUCCCUCGAUAUCAGCAUGGCUAAUAGUGCAGUCAACCGGAUGACUGGGGAUGAGCUAAUUAGGUUUGUUUCAGAGAAGCGAUUUCUCUCAGUUCUUAAACUAGAUAGCUGUGGUAGUCUUGGCUUUCUCAACAUUAGCUCUUCAAGCCUUUCAACCCUUUGGCUGUCAGGUCUUUGCUCCCUUACAAAAGCGGUCAUAAACUGCCCUAACUUGAAUGAGCUCUCACUGGACUUUCCCAAACAAAAUAGUGAUUCUACCGAUCUGAUUGCUCUAAUGGAUAGUUUGGGCCGCACCUGCCCAAACUUAAGAAAUCUGCACAUCUCAUCAAUUCACUUGUGCAAUGAAGCCGUGUUUGCUCUAGGAAGUGCCAAUCUCAGGGGCCUAUGCAUGCUGUCUUUGGUUCUAGGUUCAAAAAUAACAGAUGCAGCUGUUGCAUCUAUUGUUCGUUCUUAUGCAAGCUUGGAGUUGCUUGAUUUAAGCGGAUCUAGCAUUACUGACAAUGGUCUUGGGAUGAUCUGCAAGGCAUUCUCUCGUACUCUAACCCGGCUCCUCCUUGCUUUGUGCACAUAUAUUACAUCAUGCGGGAUCCAGGCAGCUACAGCACAGUUGCCACUCCUUCGCCUCAUGGACUGUGGCAAGAGCUUAUGUGCUAACCCACAGCCUGAAGCCGGGAGAUCAUACUUUGGUGACCUCACUGGAGGAAUCAGAUUUUGCUCCAAACUAGCAACCCAGAAAGAGCAGCAUCCAAAUUACCAAAAGCUGAUCAUAAAGCACACCAAUCUGAAGAAACUCAGCCUCUGGGGCUGUUCAGCGAUCGAUGCCCUGUAUGUAAAUUGCCCAGGUCUGGUUGAUCUGAACCUGAACUCUUGCACGAAUCUUCAUCCAGAACGGUUGCUGAUUCAGUGUCUGAAUUUGAAAGACGUGCAUGUCUCCGGUUGCCACGACAUGUUGAUAGGAGCAAUCAGAAACCAGGUCUUGAACGAGUUCGCGGCGGCAGAGCCCCGGCUUCCCUGCAAGCGGCUGGCCGACGGGUCCAAGCGGGUGCAAGUCCCGCACUUCAUGCUAGAACAGCAGUUGGAGAACGAGAAAUGGGGCGGUUCGCGGCGGAGCCAGUGCACCGUUCACCUGACCUAGGCGUUGAGCCGGCGAAGUGAGGCUCUGGCGGUUUGCAUCGUCGUUGUCGUCAAGAAGCAGCAUGAAGCAAGCCUCUAGACUCUGUGCCAUUGUGUGUGUUGUACCAUCAUUCAUGUAUCAAAUUUUCUUGUAUGUUAACCUGUGGAGUAUGUAGAACAAUAACGGUUUGCAAGCAGGCCCUGUAUUCUGAAACCAUUGUUUUUUUUGAAAAAAGGGCAGGAGCUCUGCUCUUCCAUUAAAAGAAGAGGAGUUUAUGAUAUAGAAGGUGGGCUGAGCCGCACCAUGAGUUACGCAGGUAAUGGCUGGAAACAUAAAAGGUCACUAGAGUUUCUUGUGUCCUGUAUACAAGGUAGCAAUAGUUUGGUAGGAAUGCACAUUGUCAUUGAUCAAUAUCCUUGGUGCGGUGCGGGACCUCC